AUGGGCUGCCUGGCUCGGCCUGUGCUAUGGGCUGCCUUGCUUGUCCUGACAGCAUCAGAGAGCUUUUUAAGCAACGAGGAUGUAGGUGACACGGCGCAGACCUGCAACGUAGAUACAGUGCAGGUUGCCAAUCUGCGGCAGUUGCAUCCCAUUCUGCAUGACCUGGUGAACACAACCUUCUUUCGACUCUUCAGAGUAAACCUCAGGAAUCCCACCUGUGCGUACUGGAAGAGUCCUGACGCAGAGGAGAAGCCCAGCUCAGAAGGCACUUGUACAGGGUCUGUGCCAACCUUGGGAUCCAAACCCGCCUUCAUGUCCAAGGGCGGCUUUUCAACAGGCUUCUCAAGCAGAGCAGCACCCCCGGAGCCUGGAUGCUCAGUAGAAGCCGAUGGCAGCUCCGAGGGCAUCGAUCGAAAGCUCACGGUGCAGGAGAAGGUGGCGCAACUCGAAAGAGGUAACGAGACUGAAGAGUGUGAAUUCGAGGAGGACCUGCCAACGUACUGGGUGGAUAUGUGCUCCGGCGACCAUGCGAAGGGCAUGUCCCUUGAGGAUGUGAACCUCAUUAAGAAUCCAGAGCGAAACACGGGCUACAAUGGUUCCCACAUUUGGCAGGCCAUGUACGACGAGAACUGCUUCGAGGUGGGCAGCUCCAUGCCUCGUGGGCGCUUUGCCUCAGAUGCCUCAAUGUGCUACGAGGAGCGAGUUCUUUACCGACUUCUCAGUGGCUGGCAUGCCUCCACGUCCAUUUCUAUCGCCAAGAACUUCUAUGCCCCAGGCACAAAGCAGAAAGGCCAGUGGGCGCCGAACUUGGAGCGCUUCAUGAAGGACAUCGGGGACCAUCCCGAGCGCGCAAAGAACCUUCAUUUCUCCUUUGUUGUUCUCUUGAGAGCCGUCAGAAAGGCAGCACCAUUUCUGCAGAGCUACGCUUUCCACACCGGUGACGACAAAGAGGAUCGAAAGACCAAGAUGCUCAUGUCCCGGCUCUUGGACUCACAGCUCCUAUCCUUGUGCUCACCACUCUUCGAGGCUUUCGACGAAACGCGGCUUUUUCGAAGUAGCUCCACAGAACAGAGAAGUCAACUGAAGCGACAAUUCAAGAGUGUUUUUCGGAACAUCACUGAGCUGGUGGACUGCGUGCAAUGCCAACGCUGUCGCCUUCACGCCAAGCUCUUCUCUUUGGGAUUAGGAACAGCUCUGAAGAUCCUUCUAUCUCCCGAAGAUCUCAUUAGCACCACCACCAGCAGAGACGAUGUGGUCGCCUUGGUCAACAUUUUGUGGAAGAUGUCGGACUCUCUGGAGGACGUGAGGUUGAUGACAAAGCAGUACUACGAGAACCACAACCAAAAGCCAAAAGAGGAAGCGCCGAGACCGACAGGUCAGAGCGUGGCCGUUGCGCGGCUGGAAGGGGACAACCAGCCAAUGCCUUUGAGUGCAAGGCGGGAGCUCUUGGACUUGUCCCUAGCUGCAGUGCGUCACAGCAGCAGCAAGGGCUUGUUGCCCAGCGAAGCUGAGGAGAUGCUUCUGCGUUUCUUAAUGUCCGGUGCCAGUGAGGAAGUGCUACUAUUGGCACGGCACUAUGCUGUAGAUCGACCGGAGACCUUCUGCAGGCUUGCCCUCUUUAGCACUGAGAAGGAGAAGGCCUCAGCAGCAGUUCCGCAUCAGGAGGCCUAUGGCUCUAAGCAGCGUCCAGCAGAUGCCAUCGUCAUUGGCGGGGGGCUGGCCGGGAUGAGUGCCAGCAUGGCGCUCUUGGACCGUGGUGGUAGCGUGGUCAUGGUGGAAAAGCAGCCGUACCUUGGUGGGAACUCCGGCAAAGCAUCUUCAGGAAUCAACGCUGCGCUCGAAACAAGCGUCGAAUCAUUGGUCGCAGAUACCACGAAGAGCGCUGGGUCGCUGGCCCGGCCUGAACUUAUCCAACGAUUGGCAGAAGACUCUGCAGAAGCUGUGUCGUGGCUCAGGGAUCGAACGAAGGUGGACUUGUCCUUGCGAUCACAACUGGGUGGCCACAGUGUGAAGCGUACCUUGAGGCCAUCCAACGCCUUUGUGGGUGCGGAGCUCACCUUUGCAGCCGGCCAGGUCUUAACCAAGACUGCUGAGCAGGGCGGCAACUUCCGACUUUUGCUAAAAUCCAAAUGGACAGCCUUGUCGAGGUCAGAAGAAGUGUGGAAGGUAGAGGUCCGAAUCAAUGGGUCAACUCAGGUUCUAUAUGGGCAUCAAGUGAUCAUUGCCACUGGUGGUUUUGGACACGACAGCAAGGAGACAGAAAGCUUGCUCCUGAAACAUCGUCCCGAUUUGGCGGAUUUCCCCACAACUCUGGGGCCGCAAACGACCGGUGAUGGUGUGAAGUUCGCCAGAGACAUCGGUGCUGGUCUAGUGGAUAUGGACAGAGUUCAACUUCACCCCACAGGCGCAACUGUGACACCCAGCACUCAAAAAAUGAGGCAAAUGAGGCUGUAA